AUGUCUUCCUUUCCAACAGUGGACCUUGCUAGCGCCCCUCUCUUUACGCCCGUUUCAGAGCGGCUAUCCGUAGCCGAGCGCAUCAACCUAUCCCAUGAACGUGCGAAGGCCAUAGGGCUACGCUACGCGCUCACGAUCCAGGAUGUCCUCCAGCCGUCGAAGAAGUUUUGGGAUAUGUACAUGGAUUAUAUCGUGACCCACGAUGGCGGGGCCGUCGCACUCUUCAGCAUCCAGCUCAACCUCAUGGCUGGUACAUUUGCGCCCUUCGCGCAAAAGCGCCCAGAACUACGGCCGCUCUUGGAAGACGUCCUCGCUUUCCGCGUCUCGGCACAGUUCAUGCUGACGGAGCUGGGCCAUGGUCUCGACGCGGCUAACAUCGAGACAACUGCGACUAUGAAGGACGAUGGAAGUUUCGAUCUGCACACGCCCAACGCUAAUGCUGCGAAGUAUAUGCCUCCGACACUUCCAUUUGGCGGCGUCCCUAGGGUGGCAAUUGUCAUGGCCAGGUUGAUUCACCGAGGCCAGUUCAAGGGUCUCCGGCCGUUCGUUGUCUCUAUAAAUGACGGAAAGGAGAUGUGCAAAGGCAUCACUGCUCAGGAACUGCCAACGCGGACGGGUUCGAAAGCAAUCGGCCACGCGCUCACUUACUUCGACCACGUCCCACUCCCCCGAGAAGCGCUCCUCGGCGAGCUCGACCCCAAGCUGCACCCCCGCGAGUACUUCCUGCGCACGCUCUGGCGCGUCAGCAUAGGCUCCCUCAGCCUCACCGCCGUCGUCGCGCCUGGGCUCAAGAUGGCCGCCUACAUCGGCGCGCGCUACAGCCUCCGGCGCACGGUCGACAGCGGCGCGCGCGGCAAGCGCGUCCCGAUCAUGUCCUUCCGCACCCAGCAGCUGCCGAUUCUGCACGCGCUGGCGCAGGGGUUCGUGCUCGAGGCGUUCUUCCGGCGCGCGGCGGGGUGGCUGACGGACACGCCUGUGGAGAAUAUCAACUUGAGGAACGCGAUUUGCGCGAUCGUGAAGGCGACGAUGAUUGGGCAUUGGCGGAGGACGGGGAUCACGAUCGUGGACCGGUGCGGCGCGCAGGGCAUGUUCGACUUUAACAUGCUCUUCCCGAUGGAGACUGAACUCCGGGGCGUUGCCAUCGCCGAAGGAGACGUGCUCGCUCUGUGCCUACGCCUCGCACCAGAACUACUGCUGGGUAGAUACAGUAUCCCUACCAGCGAGAAUCCCUCCUCGCGCCUCGCAGUCCACGAGGAAAAGCUCGGCGUUGAGCUCAAAGCCAUCAUCGCCGCCGCGUCCGCGCAUGACGGCAACGGACACCGCUCCGAGCUCGCUAACCAACUCCUCCUCCCGCGCUGCCUCCCGUACGUCGAGGCGAUCGGGCACCGCAUGGCGUAUGAGGCUGCAACGGCUGCCGCAGUCCCUGCACCGCUUCUGCGCUUGUACGAGGCAGGGGUUGUCGGGGUGAACCUCGCCACGUAUGUCGAAUUCGGACUGGUGGCAUCGCGGCGGAAAUGGGCAGAGGAGGAAGCGACAGCGGUGUCGGAGGUGUAUGAGAGAUUGGAGGAGUUCUUGGAGGCGACGGGGGCGGCACCGUACGCACGGGCACCAUGUGUCUCGCAGGAAGCGUGGGACGCGUACGUGGAGACGCUUCCGGUUUAUGGCGGCGGCGUGGAGUAUGACUGGCGGCAGGGCGGUGGUGAAGUGAAGGCACGCCUUUAA